GCGGUGGCUGUGCGCGUGCGCCGAAAAGAGCUGAGGGGCAGGCGCACCGUGGCGGGCCUGGCUUAAGCGAUUUGAGACAAGAUGCAGGACCCCAAUGCAGACACUGAGUGGAAUGACAUCUUACGCAAAAAGGGCAUCUUGCCCUCAAAGGAAAGUUUGAAAGACCUGGAAAAGGAGGCAGAAGAGGAGGAACAGCGAGUCCUUCAGCAGUCAGUUGUGAAAACAUAUGAAGAUAUGACUUUGGAAGAGCUGGAAGAAAAUGAAGACGAGUUUAAUGAGGAAGAUGAACGUGCUAUUGAAAUGUACAGGCAGCAAAGACUGGCUGAGUGGAAAGCAACUCAACUAAAGAAUAAAUUUGGAGAAGUUUUGGAGAUCUCAGGAAAGGAUUAUGUUCAAGAAGUUACUAAAGCCGGUGAGGGCUUGUGGGUAAUCUUGCACCUUUACAAACAAGGGAUUCCCCUCUGUGCCCUCAUAAAUCAGCACUUCAGUGGACUUGCCAGGAAGUUUCCUGAUGUCAAAUUUAUCAAAGCCAUUUCAACAACCUGCAUACCUAAUUAUCCUGAUAGGAAUCUGCCUACGAUAUUUGUUUACCUUGAAGGAGAUAUCAAGGCUCAAUUUAUUGGACCUCUGGUGUUUGGUGGCAUGAACCUGACAAUAGAUGAGUUGGAGUGGAAACUGUCAGAAUCUGGAGCAAUCAAGACAGAUCUGGAGGAAAACCCUAAGAAACCAAUUGAAGACACUUUGCUAUCCUCGGUGCGGUGCUCUAUCCCCACAAGAAGGAACAGUGAUUCUGAGGAUGACUAAGACUAUGGCCUCGGUAAUGUGCCAAACUUCCUUGAUGUGACAGAUCAUCUGGAUUUUUUGAAAAAGGUUAAAGUAGAAAUGUCUUUGGCUUUUAGCCUUUUAUAAUUACGUUUCAAAUCUCAUAGAUCUCAGAAAUCAUUACUGGGAAUCCUAUUACAUUUCUUGGAACUCCCUUUUUAAAUUAAUAACAUUUCCUUAAAAAAAUAAAAAUAAAAACCAGCUGCUGGUAUGACAGAUGUCUAUGUUUUCCUCACUUGUAUUUUAAGCUAUCAAACUGUCUAUUCACUAUUUGUCCACAUUUAACUAUAUAUGAGGAAAUGUGGAGUGUCUUUUAAUAAUGUGAGGAGGUUUUACAGUGGAAAAUUGCAAACUAAGUUUUGUAGUCACAUUAUAAUUUAUUUUUAUUUUAUAAGGCUAGCAAUAGAAUUAUUAAAGGAAUGAUAGGAAAAAUCCUAGUAUUUGUCCUAUUUAGAAGAAAUAGGCAAUAAUUUUUAUAAAACAUUGUCCUAUGAAAGCAAUAACUAAAUGAUUCCAGUUUAUUGCCAUUUUUGCUUAAAUGUUUUUUUCUAGUUAAAAUAAUUUUUGUCUCAGACUGUUGAGAUGUCAGUUAAUCCCAAUUACUGUAAAAGUCCACCUUAAAUUCUUUUUUGUAAACAGAUAAUAAACACAUAAAAUGAUAAACUGUAUCUCAGUCAGUAAAAAAAAUGGCAAGGUGUUUUCUGAACUAGAAUCUUAGCACUUAACCCUCUUCAAAUUGACAUUAACAGAAAAAUUAGGGGUAAUAUUUUUCUCUAAUAUUUGUGUUGAAUGAUGUAGUACUCAAUGUGGGUUUGAAUAUUAAAAAUAUGAAUUCUAGAGGGCCUGGAGUUCCUUCAGAUUAUAUUGCAAAAUUUAUUUUUGCUAUAAUUCAGAGUAACAACAGCUGUGACCCAUUUUGAUCUGUCAGAAGUGUCCGUGUUAGUGAAUAUUUAUUUUUCUACACACAUAAGAGUCAGUGCUGCUUUUAAAAAUGUGUUCUAUGUAACAAUUUACUUUGAAUGAUUUUUCAUGAAAUUUUAAUUGCAGGGUUGAUAUAAGCGUGGUCAAUUCUAUCACUCACAUGCCAGUUCCAUGGGUUUUGUGGGAGAGCUGCCUUCUUGGAUUUUCUAUUGUUAGCUGACAUUAAAAUGAAAUGCUGUGGGAAGAAUAAAGGUGAAAAGCUUGAGUGCUGCAUUUGCCUGAGCACUGCAACGCUCACAACUCUUGAGAGAACAGUGCUUGAGCAUGGUGGGGGGUAAUACCUACUGUGAUGGAAAAUAGCAGGCUUUAUUCCACUUUGGAGCCCAUGCAGGAUGUAGUUCUAGAUACUCACUAUGCCACUUUGAUCUGUGGAAGUGUGAAAACUGCUUCAUCAUCUUGCCUCCAUGCCCGGCUAAUGCUCUUAGUGGGAGCUUAAGGAGAGCUCAGGUGCCUCUGGACUUGGCUGAUGAGUGCUGUCUGGCCACAUGGCACCCAGGCCCCAGGCAGCUAUUUAGUCAUGCUGACUGAACUCGAUUUAAACAGAGAAACAUCUCUCUCCUAACAUGAGUGUUGUGAUUUAGAACGUGACCUGCAAAUUUCUACAGGUUAGUUAAUUUGGGGAGACUUUGCCGUAAUAUUUACCACUAAUUUUCUGUUUCAUGUGAGGCAUUUGUGAUAUGACAGAGGGGAUACAGUUGGAUCCUUAAGCAUUGAGUUCAUCUAAUUCCACACAGGGAAAGCAAACAAGAAGGCUACCUAGAGGCUGUCUUUCAGUGUUUAGAGGAAGGGAUUUUGGGGAAGGGUGUUAAGCAAGUGCUAGGUAGCCCUUUAUUCAGUGGUAAGAAAUGGUUCUGGAAAGUUGGGAUGAUAAUUGGGAGAAGUGAAAUGGAGUUAAGACUAUAUAAUCAAAUCAAAUUGAUUCUUCCUUAUUUUCCUCCUCUCUAGAGGAAGAAGAGGAUGUGAAUGAAUUGUAUAUGCUUAUCUCAUUGCAAACCUAAAUUUAUAUCCUCACUCCCCAAGGUUGCAGACCAUUGCUUUGGCACAUACCUGACACAGAGCUUCCAGGGUGGGUGGCUCAGAAGUACUUCAGAAAAGUUGUACUGGAGGUUGCCUGGGUGGCUCAGUCGGUUAUGACUUCAGCUCAGGUCAUGAUCUCACAGUUCAUGAGUUGGAGUCCUGCAUCGGGUGAGCUCAAGCCCUGUUUCGGGUGAGCACAAGCCCCACUCCUGGUGAGCCCUGCUCUCUCUCUCUGCCCCUUGUGGGAUUCUCUCUCUCUUCACCCUUGUUCACUUGCACCCUCUCUCUCUCUUAAUUAAAAAAAACAAAAAAACAAAAACAAAACCCUAGACAUGAAAGGCACUUUUUGAGAGUUAUGAAAGGAAUGUUAAGAAGACUGUCCUCUGUCAUCAAUGCCUAAGUUGUUUUUGUCAUUUAUUACCUCCAGCUUUAAAUUCAGUUUUCUUAUAUAAUGAGACCAGAAGUGACAAGUGCAAAUAAUCUCUCUCUAUAUUUUAUAUAAAUAUAAACAUAACAGCAUUUUUUAUACUGUUUACAUUCCCAUAGCAGGUGGUCCAGGCUUUCUGCCUCCUGCAUGCCCCCUCCCACCACAAUUCAGUGACCUCCACAGGAGACCUUGUCAUUUGCAUGCUACAAGGAAUCCCCUUGGUUUCUAGUCUUAACCAUCCCAUACUUGCGCAGUGUCUUGUCUUCUCUUUCUGUUCCGUUUAGUCUCAAGUGAAGAUGUGUCUAGUCUCCAAGUUUAAACCCUCCCUUUGUGCUUUUGGCUGUAUUCUCUCCCACAUUCUUAAGGACUUGUUCCAGCAGUAAAUUACCAUCUUGAUUUCAGUCUCUCCCUUGAUGUGGAGCCUCACACAGUGAAAAUGUUCAGGUUCUGUGGCAGAGACUGCUAUUUGCCUAUCAAGUAUCCAGGAAUCUCCAGUUCUACUCCAGCAGCAAUGGGACCAGCCAAAAGAUUAAACUUCCAGUCUCCUUGGAGCCAUGGAUUGCCAGAUGGAGGUGGGGAAGUUGGCUGGACAAGCCUCUUCAGAGGGACAGAUGACUGGCAUGUGCCCUUUUUGGACUUAACCCCUUACUUUCUGACAGGAGUGUAGAUGUGGUUGAAGACUACUUGGGCUAUAGGGCAUCUUUAUAGAGGAAAAGCUGUAAGGAUAAUAUUCCUGAUGACCUUGUGGAACCAGUAUAAUCCAGCUCUUGACUGCCUUCUCUGGACUUUGGUUACUGGGAAAGAAGUAACUUCCGUCUUGGUCUCUCUUAGGAGCAGCUGACACAUUUCCUGAUAAUGUCACCUGGCCAUCGCCAAAGAAAACCUCAACCAUUCUAGCUUUCUACUCACCACUUUCACCUUGCUUGAUAAAACAGGAGAACAAUCUAGAUGCUCUACCUCUACUUUAUCAAUGUUGCCUUUCAGUGAUGUCAUGAAUUAGACUUUAGGGACUUUGCAUUUCCAGUGUGUGAAGGAGUAGAUACUCUGAAUAACCUGAUAAUAACGCAAAAUGUUGGAUAAUUUUUUUUAAUGUUCUUAAAUUGUUGCUGAACUGGCAAGAAAGGAAAGGAUUCUCAGAGGUCAAAAGCAGUUUGAAUUCUCAUGUUACAUGAUGUCUAAAAACUUCUCAAAGCAAGUUCAUAAAGUCAUCUUAAGCUGGUAAUGCCCCUGAGCUCAUGGCUAAAGCAACUGCAUAUCCACGCUGUAAGAACAGAGCUUUAAUGUAGUCCUCAGACACUCUUUAUAGAUAAAGCUCCAAGGGAACGUGAGCUCAUAGUCCUAAAUCACAAACCCACAAAAUCACGGGAUGCCUCAAAUAAGGUAUCCUGAAUGAGAGCCAGUGGAAAACAGAUAGUACAGUCAGACCUGCAAAAACUUAGGAUAGUGGAAUUUUCAGAUAUAAGAUAUAAAAUGAAUAUAUUUAAUAUGUGUUUAAUAAGAGUAAGGAAUAAGAAUUCUUUAUAUAAAAAUAAAUCCCUUGUCAACCUAUGGAAGAGAGAACGAACUGGAAAAUAGAGCCAAAUGAUUACCCAGUAGAUAACACACAAAGAUAGAUAGAAAUAUAAAAAUUAGGAAAGCAAUGUGGAGGAGAGACUGAGAAGUUCUAGCAUAAUCUUAAAAAGAGUUUUAGAAAGAAUUGGAAAUUGGUAAUAUUUGAGAAGAUAAAGACAUUUUCUAGAACCAAUGAAAGACAUGAGCCUUCAGAUUCAGAAAGCUGUAUAAGUCCUAAGCGAGUUACAGACUGUGUGUGUGUGUGUGUGUGUGUGUGUGUGUGUGUGUGUGUGUGUAAAACUGCAGAAUGUUGGAUUUGUGCAAGUAGUCAGAAAAGUCAUUACCCAAAACAGAGUAAUGGUAGGGCUUACUGACUUCUCAGCAGCAAGGAAAGCCAGAAAGAUGGCCAGUAUCAGUGGUUGAAGAAAAACAAAAACUACUAACCAAGAAUCAAUACCCAGUGAAUCUAUAUUUUUGGAAGUGAGGAUUAAUAGACAUUUCCAACAGAAUGAGUAGUUUUGUCAUCAGUAGACUCUCAGUUUAGAAGAUGAGUGGUGCAGAAGGACCACCAUCUGUUGAAAGGUCUGAAGUUCAAGAAAGGAUCGUGACCAAAAAAACAUGGGUAAAUCUGAAUGAACAUUGACUCACAACAGUACAAAUAAUGCCUUAUUUGUGAUAUUAAAAGCAAGAUGGAUCUAAAAAACAAGACAAAAUAGGGUACACGUUGAAGGCUUAAUUGGAGUUCAAAUGUUCUUAGACCCUUAAAAAGUAGAUUUAGGAGGUUGGCAAAGAUACACAUGUAAGAAAUAUUUCAUUCAAGGUAACAAUAAAAGAAAAUGAGUGUGUAACUUUUAAAGUAGUGGGGGCAUGGAGGGUGGGAACCUCUUACUUUAAAAGAAGACCAAAAACAAAAAAAACCAAAAGGCAAAACCAUAGGAAGUCCAAAAUGCUGGAAACCUAACACAGUAAUCACAAUAAAUGUAAAUGAACAAUAAUAGUCUUAUCCAGAAGUCAUGCUUGUAGGUACUUAACCAACUGAUGUGAAACAUAUGCAUACAGAGACCUGCACACAGAUGUUGCUAACAGCUAAUUUAUAAUCACCAAAACAACCAAAAUGUCUAUCAAUAGAUGAAUGGAUAAACCAACUGUGCUAUGUUGACAGAAUGGAAUGUUCAGCAUUACAAAGAAAUGAGCUAUCAAGCCACAGAAAACAUGGAUGCUAACUGAAUUAAACCAUUCUGAAAAAGCUGUAUACUAUAUUAUUCCCAUUAUAUGUCAUUCUGGAGAAGGUGGAGCUAUGGAGAGGCUAAAAAGAGGUUGCCAGAGGAUUGAGGGAGGGUGGAAGGGUGAAAUAGGUAAAGCACAUGGAAUUUUUAGGGCAGUGAAACUAUUCUGAAUGAUACAAUAAUGGUGGAGAUAGGACAAUAUGCCAAAGCUCAUAAACCUUAUAGUACAGAGAGUGAGUCUUAAUAUAUGCAUAUUUAAAAAUUUCAUUUAGAGAGGAGAUCCCUGGAUGGAAUGCAGGAUGUGAUAAAAUAAUCUAACUGUAUUACAAAUGUGUGAAACCACCUAAUAGAAGAGGUUUCAAGGGAAGGGUUCUGAUCUAAGUAACCUUGGAAAUGAAUCUGUAAGGUGAAAGGCAAAAGAAUCUGUAUAAGCACUGUACUCUAGUUGAUAGUUAUUUCUCACAGUAGUACGGGUUAAUAAUUCUGUUAGUGCUAGACUAUGUACUAGGUUUGAACAAUUAAAUGGAUAGCAGAUGGCAAGAGUCCGGUUUCACUGCUAAAGUGUGGGGUUACAGAUAGCAAGGAGAGGAGGUUAAAAUGGCUCCAUUACUCUAUGGCGUAAUGGAUUAGAGUUGGAGACAUUGGUAUAAACUGUUUCACUUAAUAUAGAUACAGAUGAUUUUAUAUUUAGAUAGUGAACAUACAUAGGCUAGUAAACACAUUUUUUUUCAUUGUUCUAUCAGCUAAGGUGACCCUAAAAGCAAUGACACUCUAGUAUCAAAGACCACACCUGACCUGUAGAUACUGGCUUCUAAUACUGUUCUCCAAAAAAGGAGCUAGGGCUCUAGAGAAAUGGCUGAUUCUAAAACUGGAGCAGGAAAUAUACAAGAUUAGCCUGAAGCAUCUUGUAGCACCAGAAAGGAAAGAAAUAUUAAAACAAAAACAAAAAACUCACAAUGAUAAGAAUAUGUCAAAAGGAUGAAGGAGGCAACUAAAAGAUCUAGUGGCUAAAGCUGGAACCCUUUGAGCAACAAAAUAAAUAAUGUAUUAUAACCCAAAGUAUAAUCCAUGAGUCCAUGCUGAUAAAUGAUUGAGUAGAUAAAUAAUUGGAGAAGAAACCAUCUCUCAUUCAGAAUCCUAAAUAAUUUAUGUAGAUACUCUGGACUUAAGAGAUUCCACCUUUAAGCGUGGGUUGCAUGUAAUGAUUUCCUUCCAAAGUUUAUAAUGUGGAAAGGUGGCUGGGAAGAGUAACUCUGCAGUACAGAGACCUGACAAACUGUCUCAGGCAGGUGAUCAUGGUCAAAGUCAACAGUGGUAAGUCAUUUAUUAGUAUGGACCCUGGAUAUGAUGUCAUGAAAAUAAUACUUCACCUCUUUGGUCUUCUUUACAAACAUCUGACAAAUCCCAAUUGAGGAGCAUUCUACAAAACAGCUUACCAGAACUCAAAAUUGUCAAGGUUAUUAAAAACAAGAAAAAUGCGAAAAACUGUGACAGCCAAGAGGUGCCUAUGGAAACAGGACUACUAGAUGUAACGUGUCCUGGAUGAGAUCCUAGAACAGGAAAAGAAAAGCAGCUAAAAACAGAAGAACUCUGAAUAAAGUGUAGACUUCAUCAAUGAUUAUGCAUGAUAAUAUUGAUUUGGUAAUUGUAACAAAUGUACCAUACUAUUGUAAAAUGUAAUGGGGAAACUGGGUAUGGGGUAUAUGGUAAAUCUGUACUAUAUUCUUAAUUUUUCUGUAAAUUUAAAACUGUACCCAAAAAAUAAAGUUUAUUUUAAAAA